CGUACCUCGCUAUUUCUUUCUCUCUUUCCAUUGUUGGGACACCAGAAAACCUCUAAGAGAACGGGGACAAAGAAAGUGGAGAAGACGAAGAUGACGACGCUUUCAUUCUCAUCAGCACCUACUCUUUCUCUCUUCAACAAUACCAACAACAAGCCACAUCUAUCUCUUAAUGGCUUCCAUCACAAGGCCAAUUUUCUCACUACUGGGGACUCGUCCAUCUCAAACGUCUCCAAUCCUCUCAGAGUGUCGAUUAAUCACAAGGAAAUGGUGAUGGUUAAGAAGAGGUGUAAGGAGAAGAGGAGUGGAGGUACGGUGUGUUACGCUGCGCCUUUAACCGCCUCUAAUCUCCAGUGGAUCUCAAUUGUUUCCUCUGGGAUUUUAAUGCUUGCCAAAGGCACAGGCGUUCAGAAAUCUUUUCUUGUUCUGUUAUUUGCUUUACAAGCACCAAUAAGCAUCAUCUCAUGGAUUAAGGGUGAUUAUGGUAUUUGGACUGCAUUCUUGGCACUUCUUGUACGUCUUUUCUUCUUUAUUCCUGGUAGGAAGUACAAUGCUAGACUUUUCAAGAAUUUACUUCAUAUGUUUUCUUUUCCUAUAAAAAAUGGAAUUCUACUACUGGAACAUAUUGACCUUGUAAUCACAGAACUUGCCUUCCCGGGGGUUUGGGGGUGCUGGAGGUGGGGGAUGGGGUUUNCUCUUUUUAUGCAAUUAAGGGGAAGACAAGCAGGUGCAAUUACUUCCUUGAUGAUUGCAGGUUAUCUGGCUUUCCAGCAUUUCUCACGAGCAGGCAGCUUGAAGAAGGCUUUUGACCAAGGUUCAAUUAUUGCUACCAUAGCCAUCAUUUGUAUUACUGCAGUAUCGUGCUUGCUUAUCAUCUGAACUAAGUAGAAUUGAUGAAUAGUAAGUAAUUUCAGAAUCUUAUUUUUGAACCAUUAGAGAAGAUGGAAAAUGAGGAAGUUAUCCUCUUAUUAGUUUUUUUGUUUUAUUUAUUUUUCUGUAAUGUUCUCUACUUUCAUGUCAAUGAUAUAUAAGCUUAUUAUGCUAAGUUCAA